CCCAGAAGGCAGCUGACUACACAGGACAUAGCUGUUUGCUUCCCAGCCCAAGAUGAAGUCUGUCCAGCUUUGCAUCCUUCUCUGGUGUUGGAGAGCAAUCUGCUGCCACAGCUGUGAGCUGACCAACAUCACCAUCGCGGUAGAGAAGGAAGAGUGUCGUUUCUGCAUAAGCAUCAACACCACUUGGUGUUCGGGCUACUGCUACACCAGGGACUUGGUGUAUAAGGACCCAGCCAGACCCAAUACCCAGAAAGUAUGUACCUUCAAGGAGCUGGUAUAUGAGACCAUAAGACUGCCAGGCUGUGCCCACCACUCAGACUCGCUCUACACAUACCCAGUAGCCACUGAAUGUCACUGUAGCAAGUGUGACAGCCACAGCACUGACUGCACCGUGCGAGGCCUGGGACCCAGCUACUGCUCCUUCGGUGAAAUGAAAGAAUGA